UGGAUGGCUGGUCAGUGGUUGCCCUAAAUCUGCGGAUGGAAGAUCGACCAAAGCGCCAGAGAAUUGAUGAUGCUGGCUGUCAUCGUAAAUUUUCAACGGAGGCUGAUGAGCGACGACAGCCAUUGCAGUAAUCUGCGAUCGUAUUUCUGAUCCAAUAAAUAAGGAACAAAAUUUUGGGGGAAAAGGAUCGAGCGCAGAGCAGAUCGAGAAAUGGGAGCCUACAGAGCCGAUGAAGAUUACGAUUACCUAUUCAAGGUGGUGCUGAUAGGUGAUUCCGGUGUCGGAAAGUCGAAUCUUCUGUCUCGGUUCACCAAAAACGAGUUCAGCCAGGAGUCCAAAUCCACGAUCGGCGUGGAGUUUGCCACGCGAUCUAUUCAGGUUGACGAUAAGAUCGUGAAGGCUCAGAUUUGGGAUACGGCUGGCCAGGAGAGGUAUCGGGCGAUCACAAGCGCCUACUACAGAGGAGCUGUAGGGGCCCUAAUCGUCUACGAUGUCACGCGCAAUGUGACCUUUGAGAACGUGGAAAGAUGGCUGUCGGAGCUUCGAGGGCACACGGACAUGAACAUCGUGAUCAUGCUUGUCGGGAACAAGGCAGACCUGCGCCAUUUAAGGGCGGUGCAAACCGACAAAGCGAAAGCUUUUGCAGAGCGUGAGCGCACUUUUUUCAUGGAAACCUCGGCGCUGGAAGCCCUGAAUGUCGAUCAGGCGUUCACAGAAGUGCUGACGCAGAUCUACCACGUGGUGAGUCGCAAGGCGCUGGACAUCGGAGACGACCCGUCGGCUCUGCCCAAGGGACAAACCAUCAAUAUUGGAGGCAAAGAUGAUGUAUCAGCUGUGAAGAACACAGGCUGCUGCUCUGGCUAGAAAAAAGCUAAUAUAAUCUUCUUCUAUCUGUUCAUAUUCAUAUUCAUGUUAUUAUUACUAUUAUUAUUCAUGAAUCAGAGUUGAAAUUUGUGUGUACAUUAUUCAUUUCUUGCUU